AAAAAACAUUACCAAGUUUUCCUGCAAAAUUUUCACCGCUUUACGAUUUCUUAGAAUAUAGAUAACCGCGAGCUAUUUUAACCUAAAUAUAAAAACAUACCUACAUAUACCUACGACUAUAUACAUACAUACAUUCAUACAUAAAAAGUACCUCUUGUAGUACUUAUUCACUCAGCUACUGGCGCUCUAGCUCUGCCGUUGCUUGGCUUGCUUGCUCCGCAAUCAAACUAACUAUUGCGUCAUACUUUUAUGCUGAUAAAAUUUUCAACUUUCUUUACACACGCUUUGGCUUGCGAAUUUCAGCGGUGCCGGCAGCAAUUCACAGCAGUUGUUACUCAUUUGUUUUACGGUGUGCACGCUAGUUGUUUGGACGUGCUGAAUGCUAAGUGAUACUAGAGACGUGGCAAUGGAACUGCGUAGCGAUGACGUUUACCGCGUGCCGGAGACGAUACACUUUCCAACGGAAGAGUUAAAUAUACUGGAAAUUUGGCGAAGAGAAAACACUUUCGAUCGUUGCAUGCAGCUAUCCAAGCAAAGACCAAGGUAUACAUUUUACGACGGCCCACCAUUCGCCACGGGUCUACCGCAUUAUGGCCACAUUCUGGCUGGCACUAUCAAAGAUAUCGUGACGCGCUACGCGUAUCAGCAGGGCUAUCAUGUGGAGCGCCGUUUCGGCUGGGAUUGUCACGGCUUGCCGGUUGAGUUUGAAAUUGAUAAACUUUUGAAUGUCAACGGACCGGAAGAUGUGCAGAAGAUGGGCAUAGCGGCGUACAAUGCAGCAUGCCGCAAAAUAGUUAUGCGCUAUGCAAAUGAAUGGGAAGCGGUGGUGACACGUAUGGGACGUUGGAUUGACUUUCGUAAUGACUACAAAACGCUCUACCCCUGGUAUAUGGAGUCGAUUUGGUGGGUUUUCAAACAGCUUUAUGACAAAGGACUCGUUUAUGAGGGUGUUAAGGUGAUGCCCUAUUCGACUGCGUGCACUACGGCGCUUUCCAAUUUCGAAUCAGGUCUAAAUUACAAAGAGGUAGUGGAUCCUUGUGUUGUGGUGGCAUUCGAAGCGGUUAAUAUGGCGAAUACAUUUUUCCUCAUUUGGACAACUACACCGUGGACGUUGCCAUCGAAUUAUGCCUGUACUGUGAAUCCGAAUUUGCUUUAUGUAAAGGUUCUCGACAACAAAAGUAACCGCUUUUUUAUAUUGGGUCAAACACGCUUGAAUUUCGUUUACAAAAGUGAAGACGAUUAUGAGAUUAUCACAAAAUUCUACGGCAGCAGUUUGGCCAAUGAACCAUAUAAGCCGCCGUUCACAUAUUUCAUCAAAAGAGGUGUAGCUGUAAAUGCAUUUCGUAUACUAGUCGAUGAUUAUGUAACCGAAGAUACCGGCACGGGCAUCGUGCACAAUGCGCCCUACUUCGGCGAAGACGAUUAUCGCGUGUGCCUCCAUGCAGGUAUUAUAAAGAAAUCCAGUACGCCAAUUUGUCCGCUCGACGAAGUGGGACGCUUCACGGCGGAGGUCACCGAUUUCGCGGGUAUAUUUGUUAAGGAUGCCGAUAAGUUGAUAAUAGCGAAACUAAAGAAAAUCGAUGUAUUAGUCUCAGUCGGACAAGUUAAGCAUGGUUAUCCGUAUUGCUGGCGUUCAGACACGCCAUUAAUAUACAAGGCGGUGCCAUCAUGGUUUGUACGCGUGGAGCAUAUGUCCCAGAACUUGCAAGAAUGCAGUGCGCAAACUUAUUGGGUGCCGGAAGGUGUACGCGAUGGUAGAUUCGGAAACUGGUUGAAGGAUGCGCGCGAUUGGGCGGUAAGUCGCAAUCGUUACUGGGGCACUCCCAUUCCCAUCUGGCGUUCACCCAGUGGCGAUGAGGUCAUUUGUGUGGGCAGCAUUGAACAAUUGGCAGAAUUAUCCGGAAAGCACAUCAAAGAUUUGCAUCGUGAGACAGUUGACGAAAUAGAAAUCCCCUCUGCCAUUCCAGGGAAUCCGCCAUUACGUCGUAUUAGCGCCGUCUUUGAUUGUUGGUUCGAAUCUGGCUCAAUGCCGUAUGCGCAACAACACUUUCCGUUUGAAAAUAGCAGCGAUUUCAUGAGCAACUUUCCGGCCGACUUCAUUGCCGAAGGCAUAGAUCAGACACGUGGUUGGUUUUAUACGCUACUGGUUAUUUCGACGGCUCUAUUCAAUAAGGCGCCGUAUAAAAAUCUUAUUGCGAAUGGGCUUGUGCUGGCCGCAGAUGGACAGAAAAUGUCGAAACGUAAGAAAAAUUAUCCAGAUCCAAUGGAUGUGCUGCGUAAAUACGGCGCCGAUGCCUUACGUUUGUAUUUGAUAAACUCGCCGGUGGUGCGCGCAGAGAAUUUGCGCUUCAAGGAGGAGGGCGUGCGUGACAUCAUUAAGGAUGUGUUGCUGCCAUUAUAUAAUUCGUAUCGCUUCCUACUACAAAAUAUUGCACGUUACGAGAAGGAAGAUCUGCGCGGCUCAGCGCGUUAUUUCUACGACAAAGAGCGUCAUGCGCGCGCACUGGUACACACCAAUUUACUCGAUGUUUGGGUAGUUUCAGUAAAGGAGUCUCUUAUUGACUUCUUCGCCAAGGAGAUGAAACUGUAUCAUUUAUAUACAGUAGUGCCGCGCUUGACUAAGUUUAUAGAUCAGUUGACGAACUGGUACAUACGCUUAAACCGUCGCCGUCUUAGAGGUGAUCAAGGUGUCGUGGACUGCCUACAAUCUUUAGAUACACUUUACUCGGUACUCUUUGAGUUGAUUCAUCUACUAGCGCCUUUUACGCCAUUUCUCUCCGAAUAUAUUUACUUACGCCUGUUACCGUUUCAAGCGAAGGCAUCUGAGGUUGUAGCAGCAACUUCGGUGCAUCAUCAAAUGUUACCAAAAGCGAAUUUGAAGCUAAUUCGUCUUGAUAUUGAGAAAUCGAUGACUUUGAUGCAAACCAUUAUCGAAUUGGGUCGAGUGAUGCGUGAUCGUCGCACGGUGCCACUAAAAUGUCCACUCUCAGAGAUAAUUGUAAUCCAUAGAGAUCCAGAAAUUUUAACCUCUAUCGAGCGAUUGUCCAACUUUAUACUUAAUGAGCUAAAUGUACGCAAGCUGACACUCAGUUCCGAUAAAAGUAAAUACGGUGUUACAUUACGUGCGGAGCCGGAUCAUAAGAUAUUGGGUCAACGCCUCAAAGGGGACUUUAAAACUGUAAUGAGUGCAAUAAAAUCAUUAAACGACGAAGAAAUACAAAAGCAUCUCUCCAAAGGCUACUUCUCUAUAAAAACUCAUCGCAUUGAGCUCUCGGAAGUGCGUUUAAUUUAUUGUGUGUCACAAAAUUUGAAGACGAGUUUGGAAGCAAACAGUGAAAAUGACAUACUCGUCUUACUGGAUAUGACACCAAACGCCGAGUUAUUGGAAGAGGGUUUAGCACGUGAGAUCAUCAAUCGUAUACAAAGGCUAAAGAAGAAAGCGAAAUUGGUACCAACCGAUGAGGUGGUAGUAUUCUAUCGAUUAAUCAAAAGUGAUAACCAUCAAUCGGAGAGUGCACCGACUAACGAAAUAACAACCGUUAUAAGAAAAUACGAGAACAUGAUUACAACAACCGUUAAAUCGGCGCUUUUAUUGUAUAACGAUGAAGAUAAAAGCAAGCUAAACGUUAUUAUAACGGAGUUAGUAACUGUUAAAGGCGUAAAUUUAGAACUGACUAUUUGCUCACCAGAAAAGCAUGGGACGAAAGAAGUGGAAAGCGUGAAUAUUAUGCUCGCCGAUAACCUCGACCCACGUUUUGGAGGAAAUAGACGAACAAGUUUGCAUUUGAGGAAUCUCGAAAGCGGAGAAUUUAUUACACUAACACAACUGCAUGCCGAGGUCAAUAUGAACUUUGGCCUUUAUGGCGUGAGCUAUAACGUUUACUGCUUUGAUGAAAUACAACAACAAAUACAUAUGUUAAGUGCGUGUCAAUUGAAUGAAAAACUAAGUGGGAAGCUAUUGGUGGUGGCGCGGAGCGCGAGUGAUGUGAGCACUUUUUCCAGCAGAUCAUGUAAUGAAAUAAGAUGCAUAAAUACAUAAGUAUAUACACACGCACAUAUAUUAAACUAAUUGUUCGUGAAAAUUUGCAAACAUUGCUUAUAAUUUGUUAAAAUAUGUAUAGCAGUUGGAAUUAUUUAAUAAAUUUAAUUUAUGAACAA